AUGGAUUUUGUUUUAACGGUGCCAGGCGAAGAGGGACAGGACCGGGAGCGCUGCAUCUGUGUCGGCGAGGUGAAGCGACCAGGCGUGCUGCUCCUGCAUGGCGGCACAACAGCUCCCCCAGACCUGGUGGUGGCCUGGCAGGACAGCCACCACCCCCUGCACGUGACAGCGCGGGCCGUCUUGUCCCAGGUGUUCCGCUACAUGCAGCUGUGGAGGAUGUGCUACGGGUUCAUCAGCUGCUGGUUUGCGACCUGGCUGGUGUGCUGCCCAGCAGACAGCACCCACCGGAACAACUUGUACGUCAGCGCAGCCUACAAGUCGAUCGACACCCGCCCCAGCGUGAUGGCUGCGCUCGCAUGGCUGCAGCAGCAGGCUCUGAACGUGGACCCGAAUGCAGUGUCUGUGUACGUCCCGCAGCGGCAGCACACCGGCCCCAGUGACGACAGCAACGGCGCUGACGAGGAGGGCAUGGAUGAGAAGCCGGAGUGCACGGACUCGGAUUACGUGCCAUGCAGUUCCCAAACGGCGAAGGCCAAGCGCAGUCGUGGCGGCAGCAGCAGCCUCAGCAGCUGGCAACGGCAGCCCCAGCAGCGUACCUGCAACACCGGUCCCCACCUCCUGCACAAGAUUUGCAGCGGCAGCGCUGGCGACGUCAUGGCUGGGGUGUACAACGGCAUCCCUGCCGUCAUAAAGCUGCUGGGGCCUGACAGCGCUGGGCUGGAGGCGUUUGACCGUGAGGCGCGCAGCUACUCUGUGCUGCACCAGGAGCAGGGCGAGGUGGUGCCGCAGCUGCUGGGGGUCGGCUGGUAUCCGCUGGCUGGCGUGCGCUACCUGGCAGUGCGCCGCAUCCAGGGCAGCCCCCUGUCGGGUCUGCCGACCAUCCCACCAUCAGUAGCAGCUGCUGCGGUGAGGGCCCUGGAGCGCGUGCACCGCGCCGGCGGCCCCGGAUUUCUGCAUGGCGACGUACGCCUGCAGAACAUCUUGCUCGAGGAGGCCGCAGCAAGCAGCGACGCAAACCCCAGGUGCUUCAUCAUUGACUUUGGGCGGGCCAGCGAGGGCGGCAGCGUUGCUCAGCAGCGGCAGGAAGUCAGGGAGCUCAAGGCGCUACUGGCGCGCCGCUCUGCUCCCUGCGGCUGA